AUGCUCGGAUCCAGGAGGCCCUCUUGGAUUUCGAGGGCAGGAACAAGGUGCUGUUCCUUCCGUAGGGGGACUGGCUUCCUGGCCCUGCUUCGUGCUGGCGACCCUCGCGAUUGCGGGGACGUGCUCGAGGCGCUCCGACAGAUCUACAAUUUCAAGCUCGCCAUGAAGGGUCGGAUCGGAGAUCUGAUUGAUUUCGUUAACGGCCUGCCGAACCGCACCGUGCCCAUUAUCAUGAUCGAUGCCAACGGCCACGUGGGCAUUCCACAGGGUCAUGAUCGCCCCAUCGCGGACGACAUCCACAUAGGAGCCGAAGAGCCAGAGCGUGAAAACGUGAACGAUGAUUUUCUUCGGCAGUUCUGCUGGCACGCUGCUCUGAGCGCGGUGAACACCUUCAUGCCGACUGGCCCUACUUUCUAUUCAAACGGAGGCGGCAGGACCAGCCAGGUGAGGGUGGUACUGUUCGAGCUGUUGAGAAUUCUGAUGGACCCGAACCACAUCAAGUACAGCGGCCGGCUUUUCCUGUCCAAGGUGCAGACCGACGCAUCUGCGAGUAUUGGGACCAACGCCAAGAAGGUGCAGAGCGCAAGUGAGGACACUGAGGCGCGUGAGCUGGCAGCUCUCGGUGUCAAAUUGGGCCUGAAGUCUUGCAAGGGCAAUCGGACGCUUCUCGGUGCCACGUUCCGCUGUUUCAAAAUGCCAGUGACCAGCACCAUGUACCUCGCGAUGAAAACGAUCACUGACAAUUUCGAGCCAGACGUGAAAGGUAAGAAGGGGCAUGGUAUCAUUCCGGACGGUCGUCGGUUCAGCGGCGCGUUGAUGGCAAUCGUGCCGAGUUUGACGGAUGAGCCCCGGAGUGUAGCCGAGGAGUUUCUGAAGACUUACCCGCCUGAUUCCAAAGCGUUGAAUCAUGUAGUGAAGUGUUGCCUGCUCGAGCGCAUGCACAAUACUGAUUUCAAGCGUCUGUAUCUUCAUCUCUGCCCGAGCCUCAUAAAUCUAGAACUGAUUUUUUGCGCUGCCCUUGAAAAGGAUCAGUGCGUCGAGCGGUCGUACGGCAAGGCCAGCGCGCGUGCUUGCGGCCGCUGCGUUAGGUCUGACAGACCCAGUGGCAACCUUGGUAUUCAAGACCUGCUGGAAACCAUGCGUGGCGGCAACUUCUUUAGCAAGCUCACCGCGUGGGAGAAGCGCAGGCUCGGCGCCGCCCUCGACGCCGACGCGCGCGGGGGCGCCCUCGGCCGGCGCGCUGCAGGGCCGGGGCGGAAUGCUGCGGAGAUGGGGCGGGCACUGAAGCAGGCGCUGCUUGGGCCGAAGGAGCUGGAGAAGUUCAGGCGGCUCGUCGCGUGCAUCCGUCGGCAUGGUGGAGCCGAGCAGGGAAUUCAGCGGGGGAAAGAUGGUUGGUUUGAUUGCGAGGACAUCUUCCGGCUGACGCCCAAUCGGAGAUGGACGUGCGACGGCCCGAAGGCUGCGGCUCAGAUUGACAAUAAGGGCAGGAUCGAGCUCAUGGAAUUCGACGGUUGCUCGCGAAUCAGGGCUUGCCAGGGGCAUCCCUUUGCAGCGUCGGGCGAGGGCUGCGAGCAGGCGACGUCGUGGGCCGGCGGCGCCAUCCACGGGGCCUUCGACGACUGCCGGGGCGCGAUCGCCCAGCGCGGCAUUCGCCCGAUGGGCAGGGGGCACGUGCGCAUGGGCGACUUUCGGAGACAGAAGAGAAGCAUCGUGGAGUUGUGCCUCGAGCCGCCUGGCCCGAUGGGCCAGGGCUUCGGCAGGGGGCAAUUCAACAGAUAUUUGUCUGCGUGGAGGCGGUCGCCGCACCGCUUCAAAUAG